UCCCGGAGGAUGAGCCUGAGGGAGGCGGCCGGGGCUCGGAGGAGGGAAGAGCUGAGUUUAGGCUGGAAACUGAACGACUAGGUCGCUUCCUGCUCCAACUUGCCGGCUCCUCUCCGCUCCCUUGAGUUUCGCUCCAUGGACCGAUCAACAAACCUGGACAUUGAGGAGCUCAAGAUGACACGAGAACAAUACAUACUAGCCACACAGCAGAACAGCCUGCCGCGGGCGGAGAACGCACAGCUGUACCCCGUGGGGAUUUAUGGGUGGCGCAAGAGGUGCUUAUACUUCUUUGUCCUUCUCCUCUUGGUUACCAUGAUAGUUAACUUAGCCAUGACAAUAUGGAUAUUGAAAGUUAUGAAUUUCACUGUGGAUGGUAUGGGAAAUCUGAGAGUCACCAAGAAGGGAAUCCGACUUGAAGGUAUAUCUGAGUUUCUACUUCCAUUGUAUGUGAAAGAAAUUCAUUCCAGAAAGGAUAGUCCACUGGUCUUACAGUCUGACAGGAAUGUAACAGUGAAUGCAAGAAAUCACAUGGGGCAGUUAACUGGACAGCUGACAGUAGGAGCUGAUGCUGUGGAAGCUCAGUGUAAAAGAUUUGAAGUGAGAGCCAGUGAAGAUGGCAGGGUGCUGUUCUCUGCAGAUGAAGAUGAGAUUACCAUUGGGGCUGAAAAGCUGAAAGUUACAGGCACCGAAGGCGCCGUGUUCGGACACUCUGUGGAGACGCCUCACAUCCGAGCAGAGCCGUCCCAAGACCUCAGACUUGAAUCACCAACCAGGUCCUUGAUAAUGGAAGCUCCUCGAGGGGUCCAGGUGCGUGCAGCUGCAGGAGACUUCAAGGCCACCUGCAGGAAGGAGCUCCAUUUGCAGUCUACAGAGGGGGAGGUGAGUUCCCAGGGGUGGACAGUGGCUCUUUACUGGUGA